AUGAUGCGAGUACAACAUGCUCUCCGGCAUGUUCGAGCCAAAUCUAUCCGUGUUGGAUGCGCUUCUGGAUUUUGGGGUGAUUCGACCUUGUCCACCGGUCAGCUUGUUGAAAAGGGAGAUCUUGACUAUCUUGUGUACGAUUAUCUCUCUGAGAUCACCAUGUCUCUCAUGGUCGGCGCCCAAAUGAGACGACCAGAGAUGGGCUACGCUCCUGAUGUCAUCAGAGACAUCAAGCCUCAUUUCGGAGCCCUUCAGGAGCGCGGCACUAAGUUGGUUUGCAAUGCUGGAGGCAUCAACCCCGUUGGUUGUGCUGAGGCCAUGUCCAAAGCAGCGGAAGCUGCUGGUUUCAAGGACCUCAAAAUUGCCGCUAUCGGAGGCGAUCAAGUUGAACAGCCAGGCUACAUGACUUCCAAUGCGUAUUUUGGAUGUGAAUCGGUUGUUGAAGCUCUCAAUCGAGGUGCUGAUAUGGUCUUGACGGGUCGUCUUGCUGAUUCUGCAUUGAUCCUUGGCCCCGCCAUGUACGAAUUCGGCUGGAAGAUGAACGACUGGGACAAGCUUGCUGCAGGAUCUGCUGCUGGUCAUAUUGUGGAGUGUGGAGCUCAGUGCACUGGUGGAAACCACACUGAUUGGCAAAACGUUGCUGACUCUUGGUGGAAUGUUGGCUUCCCCAUUGCCAUUAUCGAUGAGUCUGGUUCAUUCGAAAUUACCAAACCAGAAGGUACCGGGGGCAAGGUCUCUUGGGCCACUGUUGCUGAGCAGUUGACCUAUGAAGUUGGCAAUCCCGCUGGUUACAUCCUCCCCGAUGUUGUUGCCAAUCUAUCUGAAGCCGUCAUUGAAGAAGUUGGCGAAAAUCGAGUCAAGGUUACCGGAAUCACUGGUGUUGCGCCUACCGACACACUUAAACUUGGCCGAACAAAGUUCGAUGGUUUCCGAUCUAUCCUUCCUGUCUACAUCGGCGGCCGAGAUUGCCAAGAAAAAGCCCUCGCAACUGGCCGAGCAUUGAUCAAGCGAAUCGAGGAUGAGCUCGAAAAGCGCGAUCUUGGAAAAUUCACUCGAGUAACAAUGGCAGUCACUCCUCCUCUCGGAGUAAAAACGCCAGAAUGCACCCUUCGAGUUGUCGUGCGCCACCCAGAUCGUGAAGCUCUCAAGUUUUUCGGUCUGGAGAUCGCUACUGCUGGAACUUCGAUGGCUCCUGGUCUUCAAGCCGUGUCUGGUGGGCGACCAAAGCCUACUCCCUGUCUUUCUUAUCAGUCAGUUUUGAUACCUAAAAGCGAUGUCACGCCGACCAUCACACUUGGCGACGAAGAAAUUGAAGUUCCUAACUUUUCUGACUACGAGGCAACGAAAGAAAUCCCGCAACCAAACGCUCAAGAAGACGCUGUCAGAACGGGCCCAUUUACUUAUUCAGUCCAUGACCUCGCAUAUACAAGAUCAGGAGAUAAAGGCAAUUCCUGCAAUGUUUCUGUGAUCGCUCGAAAGCCAGAAUAUCUUCCAUACUUGAGACGACAUUUGACCGAAGACAGAAUCUUCGAAUUCUUCCAAGACAAGUUUGCGGAAGGAGCUACCGCAGAGCUUGUCACCAGAUAUGACUGGCCCGGACUCAACGCUCUCAACUUCGUCUUGGAAGAGUCACUUGCUGGUGGUGGAAUUGCUUCCGAUGCUAAUGAUCCACAAGGAAAAGCUUAUGGAUCCCUUCUGACUCUGAUGGAAAUCCCCGAUCUCCCUCACAUAACUGAACUUUAA